CACGUCUUCGCUUGUUGCCCCUUUAAAAAUCAGAAUUGAAGGCCAAUGAUUUAUCAAAGCCCUGUUAUCAAGAAAAUGUCAUGCGAAGGGUACUUUACCAUGCACUGACGCAAACCCGAUCUUUCCCACGGAGAUAUAGAAAGCUGUGCACUUUGCACAAACUCAGUCUGCCUGCCGUCUUUCCAGCUGUUUUCUGCUAUUAACCCACAUUUGUUGACUCUGCACAAAUGGAUUUUUCCGAUCACAUGGAAAUGUUGAGACAGCCGUCAAACAGUAUUCCUCCCCAGCCGUCGGGGGGAGCGGUUGGAACUAAUGCCAAACCUGAAAACGGCAAUCCGGUGCCCCAACCGCCGCCUGCAAACGAACGGAAAACUUUUUGUCCCUCGGAAAAUAAACCGUGCGAAAUGGAAGCCAGUAAAGCAUACGGGACGUUUAAGAACGCUGCACCUGGACCGCCGUUUGCUCCCGUUAAUUCCGACGUGCGCAAGGAUUCCGUUGGUAAAAUGGAUGGUUCGACCGGUAAAGCCACGUCGGACUUCAUGACUAACAAUCAAAGUGCUGUAAGGAUCGCGGCGGAGCAUAAGAACAGCACCGGUGACUGGACCUCCAUGAGCCAGACCACCAUCAUCCUGGGUACAGAUGGCAAUACAUCUGUUCUGCCUGGCACGGUGACCGGGGAGGAGGAUGAUGAUGAUGCGGGUGGAGAUGAGAAUAAAGCCCGGGGGAACUGGACCAACAAAAUGGAUUUUAUUCUGUCCAUGGUGGGAUAUGCCGUGGGGUUGGGAAAUGUGUGGAGAUUCCCAUAUCUUGCUUUCCAGAAUGGUGGAGGUGCGUUUUUGAUACCUUACCUUAUCAUGUUAGGCCUGGCCGGCAUCCCUAUAUUUUUGUUGGAGGUUUCGUUGGGUCAGUUCGCCAGCCAAGGCCCGGUGUCGGUGUGGAAAGCGAUUCCAGCUCUACAAGGUUGCGGGAUUGCCAUGUUGAUAAUAUCUGUCUUGAUAGCCAUAUACUAUAAUAUUAUUAUGUGCUGGACAUUGUACUACCUGUUCGCUUCGUUGAAGGAGACACUGCCAUGGGCCACCUGUAAAAAUGACUGGAACACCAUCGAGUGCAAAGACAAAGACAUGCUGCUUUUGGACACCUGUAUACUAAGGGACAGAAACAUCACAUCAGUCAAGAACACUACUUUCUGUUUAUCUGCAAAUGCUGUCGGGAAUUUAAGUAAACUGUUAAAUGUGACGAUGGACAAUAAAACCUAUGUCAGCCCUAGUGAGGAGUAUUUCAAGUAUAACGUGUUGCAUAUUUCUAAGGGUAUUGAAUACCCAGGUGACAUCCGUUGGCCUUUGGCUGCUUGCCUUUUACUGGCUUGGUUUAUUGUUUAUGCCUCUUUGGCUAAGGGAAUCAAGUCCUCCGGGAAGGUGGUGUAUUUCACUGCCACGUUCCCUUACGUGGUGUUGGUCAUCCUGCUGAUCCGAGGGGUCACUCUGCCAGGGGCCGGUUCUGGGAUCCUUUACUUCAUAACACCCAAAUGGGAAAAACUCAAUGAUUCCAAGGUGUGGAAGGAUGCUGCUACCCAGAUCUUCUUCUCUCUGUCUGCAGCAUGGGGAGGCCUCAUAACCCUGUCAUCCUACAAUAAGUUCCAUAACAACUGUUACAGGGAUACUCUCAUUGUGACGUGUACAAACAGUGCCACCAGUAUAUUUGCUGGUUUUGUCAUUUUCUCAGUUAUUGGCUUCAUGGCUCAUGAGCUCAAAGUCCCCAUCGAGAGCGUGGCAGAUGAAGGUCCAGGUAUUGCGUUUGUGGUGUAUCCAGAGGCUCUGACUAGGCUGCCCUUGUCACCUUUCUGGGCCAUCAUCUUCUUCCUCAUGUUGCUCACACUUGGUCUGGAUACUAUGUUUGCCACCAUAGAAACUAUAGUGACGUCAGUUUCUGAUGAGUUCCCCGCAUACCUGCGUAAACACAAGCCUCAGUUCACUUUGAUUUGCUGUUUGGCCUUUUUUGUGCUGGGUUUCCCCAUGAUCACUGAGAGUGGAAUGUACAUGCUUCAGCUGGUGGACACAUAUGCAGCCUCUUACUCUCUGGUCAUCAUUGCCAUAUUUGAACUGGUUGGAAUCUCAUACAUUUAUGGUCUACAACGGUUCUGCGAGGACAUUGAGAUGAUGAUUGGGUUCCAGCCAAACAGGUUUUGGAGAAUCUGCUGGGCUUUUGUCACACCAACCAUUCUCACAUUUAUUUUGGCACUUAGUCUCUACCAGUGGAAGGUGAUGACUUAUGAGGAAUACACUUAUCCGACCUGGUCAAUGGUACUCGGCUGGCUUAUGGUCAUCUGUUCUGUUAUAUGGAUUCCCAUCAUGUUUGUUAUCAAGAUGCACCUCGCACCUGGAUCAUUUAUUGAGCGGCUGAAGUUGGUUUGCUCUCCUCAACCCGACUGGGGUCCAUUCUUGAUGAAACACCGCGGCGAACGCUACAAGAACAUGAUCGACCCACUGGGCACCAACUCGCUUGGCCUCAAACUUCCCCCUAAAGAUUUCCAGCUAUCAGCCCAAUAUCAAUAAUCCUCCUCACUUCCCUGUGAGUGCCCAAUUCCCCGAGGCCUCUGAGGGUGAGACCUGCACUCACAUCAAACUCUUAGCCCAUUCAACCUCCCCCUUUUUCCCCUACCGUUCUCUUUCAGCCAUACCCCCCCCUCUUCUGGCACUUUUAGAGGGGUCUUUCAGGUGGAAAGCACAGACAACUCCCUAUGAUUUGGUUUUCUGAAUUAUUAUUCGCAGUCAUUCUGACAGUGGAGGUCAUUCUGAUACACCGAUCCCAGCUGAACCUUUUUCUCAAAGGCAAUAUAAAUGAUGCAGUUGCAACUGUUAAGGCAAUAUUUGACCGAUUGUGUGUCACGCAGUGGUUUUUAUUCUUUUUUUCAUGACGAAGUGACUGCUGAUGUUAAAAAAAAGAGGAAAAUAACAUUUAUGUUUCUUCUAUGUCUAUUUGCUUGUCAUCUCUUAAACGUAGCAAACACGUAUGAGAAAAACUGCUGAGUAGUGCGCAGUGAACACACUCUUUUCUGGCCUCAUACUAUCGCUCUCGACUUGUGUCCACUUAUAGCUGUACCAUGUGCCUCAGACUUCCUCGAUUUAUAAACUACUGCAUAGUAUAGUGUGUAUUAAUACUACAUUAUGGAGGGAAGUGAGCACAUUUCAGUCUCUGUGAAUUAUAAGCAAUCCUACAAUAUACUAACCUGUUAGAAACACCUCUACAGUGUUAUAGAAGCCAAACUCAUAGUCUAGGUUCUAGUAGUGUAGAUCCAUCCCUUUCUUCAAAGAAAAUGUAGCCAUGCAAAACUGUAAUAAUACCCUUUAGUGUUGUUUAGAGUAGUGCUCAACGGCCAACUAUAGCAGUUAUGUAUACUAAUAUUUAGAGUAUGUGUUGUGAUCUGUUCAUAGACUAUGUGAAUCCUAUUAUUCUUUUCUGAUGCAGUGCACAGUUUUCGUGGAGUACAUAAAAGAAAGGUAGAGGAAAAACUAAGGAGUGGUGGUACUGUAUGUGUGGCAAGCCAAGCGUUUUAAUAGCAUAGCUGACACGCUAUAUUAACAAUUGCUUAUGUAGAUUAGAAAAAAGGACAUUUCUGUGAUAGACGCUUGAGGACCACACUCCUUUUUUUGAGCGUUUUCCAUCUCCGAUUGUCUGUACGUUUUCAUGAAACAGGGUCUCAGGUAUUACUCCGUUCUAUUAACCUUUUUAGAUGUUGGAUUAGAGUUUGUGGGAGCUUCGUAUGUCAUUGUUAUACAUCCCGUUCCCUGUCAGAUUUAUAUUAUAUUCAUUGCCCAAUCGAAUCCUUCAUCUUAUUAGUGUCCCACUUCUAGCUUUGGACUGUAAAUAUGGCUAAUGCUCUUGUAGUAUAGCUUUAGGCAAUUGAUUUUUAGUUGGUUAGUAAUAAAACCUGACCAAACUUGCGUACAAAAGCACUUUGAUCAAACAUCACGCAAAAAAAAAAAAAAAUAUAUAUAUAUAUAAUAUGUUGUUGCUUUCCACCACCACAACGAUAAAAAGCCUAAAUUAAAGACACUUUUUAGUGGUGUGGAUAUGAUUUAGUUAGUGCUACAAGUGAAGUGAACCACACUGCCCACGCAAUGCAAGUAAUAACAUUGAGAAUAAUGACUUUGCCUGGAAGUGAUGCGUUUCAAAAGCCAUGUAAUAUGCAGAUCACCUUGAAUAUAGAGCAUUUAUAAAAGAAAAAAGGUGCUCCUCAGUAUAUUAGAGAUGCUUUUUCUGAUACAUGUUUAAUCUUACUCUCUGUGUAGUAUACGUGCGUGUGGAUGUGUGGAAUAAUAUGCAGCGCUUAGUGUUUAGAUUUAUAUUUAUCCAACCAUCCAGACAUGGUCAAAUGCAGCCUGGUAGUCAGUUUGAGGACCUUGGUCCUUCAAUGCAUCGCAGAUGUUUCAUUUGUCGAGUGCUUUUUACUCGAAUUGAAGAUCCAGGUUAUGUAGCACAACAAACACCACACAAAGCACACGUCAAUGUCCGAGUUGUGUACGGCUGCUGUGAUCAUUGUUGUAAUAUUUGAGGUUCUGGAUGGAGUUUCUGUUAGUCCUUGUGUUGCUGUACGUCUGUCCGAGAGCUAUUGUUACAACCCCCCCUUCAAGUAACACAUAAUCUUUGGGGGGGAAAAAAUGAUAGGUAACAGUCUUGCAUGUGCUGUGUGUGUUGCUGUGGAUUGUUUGUCCAUGUAUGCUUCCCUUUUACUCUCCUUUUCUCCAACGUGUCCCUCUUUACCACCUUUCCUACCUACAGGGCGACACUGGGCAGUAGGCAACCAAAGAAGGAGAACUUCUCAUAGGGUUCUGAAAAAAAAUAAGCUUAAAAAGAACAUAUAUUCUAAAAGAAAAAGACAUAUACGUAUACAUAUAUAUACAAAUAGCCUAUAUAUAUAUAUAUGAAGAAAUGAAAUAUAUUAUUCUGUGUAUUUAGGAGACUGAGAUACUGCCACUCAUCCUUCAUUAUUGAUGUGUGCCAAUAUGUUAAAUGACAUCUUCAGGUAACCUUUGGCCUUAUAGAUGUCCUCUGGUAAUAAACUAUUAUAUGUAUUUCAGAAUUAUGAUACAGAGUAGCUUCCAAUCAGUCAUUAUGUGGUCAGUCUAUAUUGUAAUGUAUGUCGUGUCAUUUGGCACUUUACUGUGGACCUAUCGGAGCAUAGGUAAAAUUUCUUAUUACUUGGGUAAUGUCAUAUAUUUCUGUGUGUUUUAUGUGGGGGAAAUCUGCCUAUGGAUACAGAUAUGUACCUCCAACAGAUCAUGGCAUCCUUUGAGUUGAAUUGUAGAGUAUAAAUAUGAAAAAUAUCUAGAUUUUGAAUUCUGUGCCGGACAAAAAAAAGAAGAAAGUAAAGCGUAUAAAAAGAGGAAAAUAAACGUAUAUGAAAAGGCAUAAUUUAUUUUAAAUCUCAUAAAUCCUUGAGGCCCUACCUCAGAUUUUGUAUUUAUGUAUAGAAAUGCAAUUUGAAUCAUAGUAUCUUUGCCAAUUAUACAAUAAAAGACCAUAUUUAUCAUAAAAUGUAUAACCUCUUAAUCAAUAAAUAAAUGUUAAUGUUUUCAACUCCA